AUGCAAUCCUUUUUUUACUGAUCAAACAUGAUUUUAUAUUUCUGAAGGCUUUUUCUCUUUCUACAGAGGGCCUGAUGGAUACAGAAUGUUCCCAGCUGCUGCCCCAUGUUUGUGGCGUCCUCAUCGACAACAGACAACUUAUGUCAGAUGACUCCGUCUUUGAGAAACUCUUGGACUGGUUCACGUCUUUGGUCUCCUCUGUACCAGCUAAACAGUUGUUAGAAGACAAUCAAUGCAUCAUUGGGCUCCUUCAGCAAGUCCUGAACGUGGCAGACACGGAUCCCAGUCUGCUGUCCUUCUCCAUGAAGCUGACGGGAAUGUUUGCCGCCUCUGAGGAAGGCUUCGAUUACCUCCUGAAUGGAGACGUUAUCCAGGAUAUGUUUGGUGAAUUUAGCUGGACCAAUGUAACGUGGCGAGACGCCGUUGUAAGGAUGGGUUGGAUAAACGGUUUGACCAGGAUGGUUCAGCAUCAUAAAGCAGUGUGCUUCUUGCCAGGGUCAGGAGCGUUGCAGGCGAUGCUCGAUUUACAGAUGGACCCCAGUUUGUUCGUUGCAUCUGCUGUCAAUGACCUUAUAGCUCACGUGUUUCUCACGAGCGUGAAGGUCCAGCCAGACCCAAAACCCACCAACAUAUCAGACCUGCCGGCUGUCUCAGGGGUCAUCCUGACGCACCUGGAGAGGUCACUCUGUUCUGGGGUCCCUACUGCAAUCGGUCAGUCAAUUAAAACCCUGGCCGCCAUAUUUAAAGGCUGCACCAAUGAAAUGGCUCAGCUACUUUGGCUGCAGGUUUCAGCUCCCAUCCGUGAUCUCCUGGACCAAAAACCGGCACGCGGAGCCCUCUGCUUGGAGGAAUUACUUCUUGCCGCAUCCAGGUUUCCUGCCUUCCGUGAUUCAGACUGUGACGUUUGGGUUACGAUGAGACACGCUCUCAAAAAUCUGAACACGUUCCAGUCUGUGUCUCUUGCUGCGGAGAUCAUGAAACUCGAUUACUGCCCAGAAGAUGUUAGUCUACAAGCAACAUCUGUGCUGCUUCAUCCAUUAGACUAUAUAUUGAAAGUGUCUUCAGUCCGCUCCGGACAGCCAGGUUUGCUGGAUGAGCUUGUGUGUGAUCCUGCAGCCGUAGAAUAUAUUCUGUCCGAGAAGAUGCCCUGUAUUUCACUCUUGUGUCAUUGUCUCUGCUACCUCAAGGAGCUUUGUGAUCAGAACUGCCUUAAAAUACAGAUCCCCCACGAGUCCGUGCUGAGUUCUGUGGUCACGUUGCUGCAGUUUUGCAUCGGUCAAGCAUCACCCACAUCAUCGUUGGGAUCCACCAUCAGCAAGUUUUUGAUUGGUUGUCUCCGAGUGCAGAGAUCCGCGCUGGAUGCCGUCGGAGCGCUUUCCCGUUGGCCAAUGAGCCGGGAAUCCUUGACAUCUACUUACAACGUGCUGCUUGCUUAUCUCGAGAAUCCAGACAGCGAUCCGACGGUUUUAAAGAAGACUCUCCAGGCUUUAUUGAAAUGGUUGCAGGCCUCUUCGACUCCAGAAAACUGUAAUGAUUGGGCUUACAGCCUUACUUUUUUGAAAGCCCUGUGGCCAGUGGUAUCGAAACGCUUUUGUAGCCCAACCUGGGAGCACCGCGACACAACCCUAGAAUUCGUCACGGAACUCGUGGACAGCCUUAAAGAACAAGAAGGAUUCAGGCAGGCGCUGAACUCUUCAGGUGUCCCACGGCUGGUCCUGGAUCUUCUAAAAGACCCCGAGAGUUAUGUUCGAGCGAGCGCAGUGAUCUGCUUGGGUCAGCUCGUUGAGAUUGCUGAUCUUUACCAAACAUUUGCUGAAGAAGGUCCUAUGUCCAAGGAGCCCAUGAGCAGAGAGAGCAUUGUGCCAAAUCUCCUGGAUAUUUUAUCCGAGGACACAGAGGGCUUUCCCAGAAGAGCAGUAGUGAAGGUUUUCAUUGAGUGGCAGAAGUUACGUCACAUGCAGAACUUACAUGAACCAGAAAAACUGCUGCGCCGGAUACUGGAUGUAACCCGAAAUGACUUGGAUUGGGAGGUGAAAGUGAACGCCCUGGAUAUGGCCAACAUCUUUGCCGAUGAAACAUUUACAACGUGUGGUGCCAACAGCUGUCCUUAUGCUGUAGGGUUACCUACCGGUUUAUGCCAGCUGAGUGAAGUGGUGAAGAGGUUUAACCGAGUAGGACUUUUCUCGUUUCUGUUCGAUGCCCUUUGUGACUGCGAUAGGAUAGUAGCGUUGAAGGCAUGCGAAAUCCUGAUAUGUUUGAAGUCAAAGCUGAGCGAGGAAUCCCUUCCUACCUCUAGGAACUCCGAGCUUCACGGCAUCGAGUGGCUGGAGUGUACGCUGAGCAACUUGCGCCUCAAAGAUCACCAAGCAGGGGGUCAAAAUAGUGUAGGGCGUACGGACUGGGUAGCCGACAUACUGAUGAAAGUAGAUUUGGAGACCCUGAAAAGUUCACUAUCGAUGGGCAGCGACUCCAAGCACCAAACUCCAUGGUCACUCCUGCAGGACAUUAGGACGACACUGUGGGGAGGGGAAGAACAUGAUGCAGAUUGUUACUAAACUCCAAAAGAGGACAAGACUGUAAAUCGUUCUUACUAGAAGAAAUAGAUUAAAACCUUUGUCUUGUGUAGAACUGCCACGGAUGAUACUGGAGGGAGACUCCCCAUAAGAGGGAAUAAAUAUCUAUUGGUUCUAUGACAGGCUUGGUUUUAUUUUACAUUCCAAAAUAUAUUUUUGUACAAAAAAAAAAUUGUUUAAAUGUGUGCAAAUUUACAUAUUGAUCCCUGAUUGGGACCCUAAUCCUAAAAAUGCGAGCGUUAAGUUGGAUUUAAAGGGGGAGUCCUCACGUUUUAUAAAUGGACUUUGUAGAAAAAUGACAGUAACUUGAUAGAAAUUUCUAUUUUAUAUGAUUUUCAAGUUAAAAUAAAACAUACAUUGUCGUUGUUU